GUUGUCUUUCUCAUUGCGCAUGCGUCCGGGCCGGGCUCGAAAUUUGAAUUUACAGGACGGAAGUAACGGUGGCUGUGAAUAGGACAGGCGCGGAUUCGCCUGAAUAUAUGCAGCUUUCAGAGAAUGGAUCUGGCAAACGCCUCGUUGAGUUCUACGCUCCAAACUGCCAGGGACCGGAUGAGGGAAAAAUUCAAUGGGACUUUGAAGGCCGCAAAGCUUCAAACCUCUCUUGCUUCAAAAAUUAAGUCCAAAAUCUAUAAUAACUCCUCUAUUGUAAAAAUCUCCCUAAAGCACAAUAACAGGGCUUUAGCCUGUGCUUUGACUGCUGAGAAGGAGAAGGCAAGAAUGCUUGAAAAUGACAAUAUGAUUUUACAAAAGGAAGUAAAGAAGCUUCAUUUUCACAACGCGCUGCUUAGACAGAACUUAAGUCUUGUGAAUAAAAUAAUUUCGGAUAUUGAUAUAUUCAUGAACAUUAAACUGCCAGAAGCAAUUGAAAUAAGCAGCAUAAGUGAGUCUUUAGAUCCAUUGGCCACAGAAGAGCGAAAGCGAGAACGUUUCAGUCAGGAAAGUAGACUGUCUGUAGAUGAGCUUCAAGGAUAUAGACUGACAGGCAUGGCAUUGAGAGUUCCUUCCAGUUCAACAGAGCAGCAGAAAUCCAGCAAUGUUCCAGCAGUUUUACUGAAUGAAGACCUUAUCACUGCACAAUCUGCAGAUUCCAGUGUUGACAAAGAGAAGCCAGAUGGACAGCAUGAAAUUGAGAUGUAUACUUCUCUUUCAACAGCCGAAGAAUGCGAUUCAUCAUACGAUAAAAAUACGACCCGUGAUUCUUCCUUAAGUAAGAAAGUUGGUUCUGAAUUGCCUCUAGGUGAAGACAGGAUCCCAAGCAGUAGAAGUGGAGGAUUUGUAACUCAGAGAAGGAAAAGGUCUACAGCAUCUACUUCAAGUAUACAGUCUUUGAAUUCAGACUUUAAUCAAAGUAAGAAAUCAUUAGAAAUUGGUAGAGAGAGCUGCUUCAGUACACAGUGGGAAAUCAACAAACAUGACAGCCAUCCUCAUGAGCCAGGACAUGCAGGUGUAACUGGAGAUAAUGCCCUACAUUUUGAUCUUGUAAGGAAGUACAUAUUGGAAACGUCAUGUUCACCACACUCCUUAAAUCCAGACAAAAACUUUGAAGCAAAGAAAGAAACCAAAGACACACAUCUUGAUACUGAAACUACACAUCAGCCUGAUCUGCUACAAUCAGGGGAAUGGGAUCUACAUCCCAUUGUUAAUAGGCCUGUGGAGCAAGAGAAAACAGUGUAUGAAGCUGACAUGGAAAUGACUUCCAGUGACUCUGCUGCAAUUGUUGCGGUCAUGCCUAAAAGAAAAACAAAGGCUUCCAAAACAAAACUACCGGUAAAACAAGAUGGGAGAUCUUUAAGAAAGGUAAAGACAACGGCACAUGAAAAAGCAAGGCAAAGUAGUUCUUGUAAAGAGAAGGAAAGCAGUGUGUCAUCUAGAGAUGAAGAAAAAAUUGAAUUGAGUUCAACUAUUGAUAAAAACAUACCCUUAGAAUUCAAACCGGAUUCAACGGAUAAAUAUGAUAGUCGGCGUACAAUUGUUUUACCAUGCCCUGUAAACAAGGAUAAGUUUGAUGUUUUUGAAAGUGAAGCCAAACUGAUUUCUGGUAAAAAUAAAGCCACUCCUUUGGUGGCUUACAGUGUACAAGAGUCAUUCACUGAAAAUGUUGAUGAAAAUAUACCCUUGGAAUUCAACCCUCCAGAAGACUUCAGAGAAGUUUUAACUGAUCAAUAUAAUAGUGAGCGCACAUAUGUUUUACCAGGCCCUACGGACAAGGUAAAGACUAAAGAUUUUGAAACUAAAACCGAAUUGUAUCCUAGUAAAAAUGAUGCCAAAACUUCAGUGGACUGUAGGGUUGAGGAAUCAUCCACUGAUACCAGCUAUUUAUGUGAUGCAAAUAGUGACCUGGGUUUUGCUGUAGAAAACGUGCCAAGUUCAGGUGUAAAACACAACAUAAAUGACAAAGUAGCUAAGAGAAAAUCAAAACUUGGCAAAAGGCCUGCAAAAGAUUUGGAAAACUCCAAAAAGAAACGUAAAAUAACUACAAAUUUAAGCGAUCUAGAACACCUAGGUGAAGGUCAUGGCAGCCACAAAUCCAAUGAACUGGACAAUGCCCAAAUAAGCAAUACUAUUCCAAGUAUUACUAUGAAAAAUCUAAAACCCGCUAUAAGAAGGGAAACCUAUGUUUUAAAUUCAUCAAAGCCAGGUUGCAUGCUGUCUGAGUUCAUCCCUGCAGAUACAGGAAUUGAUUGUAGGAGGAAAACCUUCGUUAUCCCACAGCCAAAUUGCCUAAUAUCUGUUUCAGAAGAGAAGGCUAAGACUCUUGAUCAUCCUUUGCAGUCUUUAACAUCUGCUGAGUAUAAAGAUGUUCAACCGAAAGGUAAAGAUGUAAGUGUCACGGAAAAGACAGAUUCAAAUUUUGUCAACACUUCCUUGGAUAUGGACUUUACUAAACCUUUAGGUUUUAUGAAAUCCAAAUGUAAAGAAAAAAAACAAAAUAAAAGGUCAUCAAAUCUCUUUUCUCAAGUAGACAAAAGAAAGACUCGUAUAUUAACUACAAAUCAGAAUGUCAUCAGGAGUGAUAAAGAUACACUUGUUCGUGAAAGCUGUGUUAGUGCGCCACAGAAACACACCAACGAGCCAACUAAGUUCCUAAAUGCUGUGACUGCAAAUGAACAAGACUCUUUUAUGCUUGAUAUGGUUAGUGAAUCCAUUCUUGAUGGAACACUCGAUUGUCCUAGUUUUUUAGAGUUCCCAUCAACCACCGAGCUUGAAACUGCUUGCAUGUACAAUGCUUCUUUGAAUAACAUCCCUCUUCUCGAUUCUCCUGUAUCCGAUGAGCGUGACACCAAGGAAAACAAGCAACCUAAUGCUUCUAAGAAUUUAGAUCAUCUUGAUGAAAAUGACAAUGGCCUUGCACAAGAAAUCUUUGAAACUAGAAGUAAUCAACAUUGCAAGGUUGAAGACCUGAGCAUGGAAAUUAAUGAAGCAGAUAAUAAACCAUUUCAGGAUUUGACAAACAAAACACAAGACUUAACUAAGCAGUCUCCCAAAUCCUCUACAGAUGAUCAGGAGGAGGAACAAGUUCAUACUAGGAGAAGACGCAAUCCUGUCAACUACAAGGAGCCAAGCCUGGGAAAAAAACUACGACGUGAUGUCACUUCUACCGAUGAUGAAAUAUUAAAGAUGCCUGUUUCCAAAGGAAAGAGGAAAAAAGGAGGUGGUAGGAAGAAAAAAAUCAUAUCUGAAGAAUGCCCUACAACAAGUAUGUAAGAAAAGAAUUGUCAGCCAUUGGUUCCAGGAGACGAAUAUUCCAGAAAGUGCUUAGAAUUUCAAGGAACCUGUUGGUGCGAACUGUAUUUGUAUGAAAGGAGAUUACCUUGUUUAUUAAGAUCUUUUGUUUAAACUUGUUCUCUGGUCACAAAUGCCAAUGCAUAUCUUUAUAUUCGAUGUAUAAAUUCCAUGUUUUUUAUUCAAUUACAGUUGUGUAUUUUUGCAUCACCAUCAAUUUUUAUUCAGUGAGCACGGUGUAAUGUACAAAAUGAAGUGGUCCAGCUAAAUACCUCUAAUAACUGAAUUGUUAAGGGCUCAUAAUGAUAACUUUUCUUUGUAAAAUGGUAGUCCACAAAAAGUGCUCUGUAAUUAAAGUGCAACUCCAGCUGAAAACUUCUUUCCUCUUUCGUUCAUUGACAGACACCGCAACUAAAAUCUUGACCGUAGGGUUAUAUCGCCUGAAGGUGGCGAUAUAACCCUAAGGUCAAG